AGUUGGGGUUGGACGUGGGCUAGGUGCUGAGAAGGCAAAUUGAGGCAGCGACAAGGAGCUGGGAGCCUCAUCCAUCCUCUGGGUGGUGAUGGAGCUGCUGGAUUGGAACCAUCAUGUGAAGCAGGCCCGGUGAACGGAUCAGGCAGGAGCCCACCACAGGCAGCAGGGACCAUGGGCUGCAGCUGCAGCUCCAGCCUGGAUGAGGACUGGAUGGAAAAUAUUGACGUGUGUGAACGAUGCCACUAUCCUAUUGUGCCAUUGGAUGCCAAGGGCACGCUCCCAAUGAGGAAUGGUUCUGAUGUACGGGAUCCCUUGGUCACCUAUGAAGGUUUGAACCCACCCGUGUCUCCGUUACAAGACAAUCUGUUCAUCGCCCUGCACAGUUACAAGCCCUCCCAUGAUGGGGACCUGGGCUUUGAGAAGGGGGAGCAACUGAGGAUCCUGGAGCAGAAUGGAGAAUGGUGGAAGGCACAGUCCCUGACCACCGGCCAGGAGGGCUAUAUCCCCUUCAACUUUGUGGCCAAAGCGAACAGCCUAGAGCCUGAGCCUUGGUUUUUCAAGGACCUGAGCCGGAAGGAUGCUGAGAGACAACUUUUAGCCCCUGGAAACACCCAUGGAUCCUUCCUGAUCAGAGAAAGUGAGACCACUGCAGGCUCCUUCUCACUGUCUGUGAGAGACUUUGACCAGAACCAGGGGGAGGUGGUGAAACAUUACAAGAUCCGAAACCUGGACAAUGGAGGCUUCUACAUAUCCCCCCGAAUCACCUUUCCUAAUCUGCAUGAACUUGUCCAGCAUUACUCCAAAGCCUCAGAUGGGCUAUGCACUCGACUGAGCCGGCCCUGCCAGACCCAAAAACCACAGAAGCCCUGGUGGGAAGAUGAGUGGGAGGUUCCCCGUGAGACGCUGAAACUGGUGGAGAGACUGGGAGCUGGCCAAUUUGGGGAGGUCUGGAUGGGGUACUACAAUGGGCACACCAAGGUUGCAGUGAAAAGCCUGAAAGCGGGUAGCAUGUCCCCUGAUGCCUUCCUGGCUGAGGCCAACCUGAUGAAACAGUUGCAGCAUCAGCGGCUGGUACGCCUUUAUGCGGUGGUCACGCAGGAACCCAUCUACAUCAUCACUGAAUACAUGGAGAAUGGGAGCCUGGUAGACUUCCUCAAAACGACAACAGGGGUCAAACUAACCAUCCACAAAUUGCUGGAUAUGGCUGCCCAGAUUGCAGAGGGCAUGGCUUUCAUCGAGGAGCGGAAUUACAUCCACCGUGACCUUAGGGCAGCCAACAUCCUAGUAUCGGACACACUGAACUGUAAGAUUGCUGACUUUGGGUUGGCCCGGCUAAUCGAGGACAAUGAGUACACAGCCAGGGAGGGAGCAAAAUUCCCCAUCAAGUGGACAGCUCCUGAGGCCAUCAACUAUGGGACAUUUACCAUCAAGUCAGAUGUCUGGUCUUUUGGCAUCCUGCUCACAGAAAUCGUCACCUACGGGAGGAUCCCCUACCCAGGAAUGACCAACCCUGAGGUGAUUCAGAACCUGGAGCAGGGCUAUCGGAUGGUGAGGCCUGACAACUGCCCAGAGGAGCUGUACAAAUUGAUGAUGCAGUGUUGGAAGGAGAGGCCUGAGGAUCGGCCCACCUUCGACUACCUGAGGAGUGUCUUGGAGGACUUCUUCACUGCCACAGAGGGCCAGUACCAGCCCCAGCCGUGACCUUCCUGCAGUGACGUCUCCCAUCCUAGUCCCUGGCCCACCUCCCCAACUUCCCCCUUGCCUCCUAAAUGACCCUACUCAGAUUGAGGCAGGGAAGAGUCUGGAGAACUGUGGGGCAUCCUGGGCGAGGUUACCCAUUCCUGCCAGGAUGGAGGCAUGGGGCUCCCACAUCUUCCAGCAGCAUGCUUACGACUGACUCCCUAACCUGCCAGGGAAGGAAGACUAGAAAAGACUUGGGAUUGGACUCAUCCUUUGUGUGCCCCACCCCCAACAUUUUGUUUCCCACACUGAUCUCCCCACAUCUGUCCUGUCUGCUCCUUGACUUCCAAGGGGAUUCUCCUCAGCCUUUUGACUCUUUUGCCUAUGUGUCAGCAUAGACUGGACUCACUGUCUCAGUUCCCAUAAAAUUCAGAUUCUUAGCAGCCUUUUGGGGGGCAGGGAUUAUUCUUCUACAUUUCUGUAUCUUUCUCAGACUCUGCCCUGCACAUAGAAGAUGUCCAAUAAAUGUUA